AUGGUCAUGUUGACAUUUAUCACUUUCCUGUCAAGCUUCAGCUGAACAGCAUCGGGUAUCAAAAACCUUCUUCAUUGACGUUCGUUCUGCCUCAAAUACCUCUCCAUGGCUGCAGUAGCGAAAAUAAGGGGCCUCACCGCUGCUCUGAACUCGAACAAUAGGUUCAAAUACAAGGCUCCAGAAGCUGCCGUAGACUUUCUCGUCGUGGGUGGAGGCGUCGGCGGUCUGGCUAUUGCAUCGCGUCUUUCAGAGCGUUUCCCGAACAAGUCAACGUACCUCGUAGAAAGACACGGACAUGCUGGAGAAGAAACAAGUUCCCGCAAUUCGGAAGUCAUUCAUGCAGGCCUGUACUACCCUCCAGAUUCUCUGAAAACACAACUAUGCCUACGUGGUCGCCACCUAUUGUAUGACCGCUGCAACAAGUACAACAUCCCUUUUCGCAAGACUGGCAAACUCGUAGUCGCUCACGAACACCAAAGACCAUACGUCGAGAGCCUCUUCCACAAAGCCAAGCAACUCGAAUGGCCAAAACAUUCCCCUCCACAUAGCUCCGACGACUACGUCCUUCCCGCACAACUCAUCAGCGGCGAACAAGCUCGUGAACUCGAACCAGACCUUGCAAACAGUAUCACAGCUGCACUGUGGAGUCCUGAGACUGGGAUUGUUGACUCGCACGCUAUGAUGGAAAGCCUCGAGAAAGAUGUAUUGGACUCGGAGAACGGCGAACUCGUGUAUUCUACGCGGGUUGUGCGCGUAGAUCCUUAUAAAUCAUCAAAGCAAUCAACAAGUUUGCCAACUGACGACGGCUGGGUAGUGCAGAUGGUGACAGGAGACGGACAGGAGGGCGACUCUCUCCUAGCAAAAACCUUGAUUAAUGCAUCUGGACUCUCUGCAAAUCUCAUUCUGAACUCCCUUCUUCCUCUCAAUUCGCGCAUUCCCAUGUACUUUGCUCGUGGCUCAUAUGCAGCUUACAGUGGUCCCGGAAUUUCACGGAUAACCCGACUCAUAUAUCCUUGCCCAGAAACAGGGAGGAAUCGCCAUGCAUUCCAGUCACUAGGCACGCACCUUACACUCGAUUUGCAAGGGAAAGUGCGGUUUGGUCCAGAUUUGGAAUGGAUAUCCCCUCCCUCUAGCGCAGAGGAGUUCGACUCAAAUGAGGAAAAUGUAGACUUCUGGAGGAAACACCUGAUACCAGAUGAAUCAAGGAUGGGGGAGAUGCACAGCGCUGUCACCGAGUAUCUCCCAGAGGUGACAUUUGAGGGUCUCAGAGCAGACUAUGUCGGCAUACGUCCGAAGCUCGUCGUUUCAGGCUUUCAAGACUUCAUGCUGCGGACAGAUUACGCAGACUCACAUAGUAAAGGGCUGAUGAUAAGUUUGUUGGGCAUCGAAAGUCCAGGACUAACGUCAAGUCUCGCCAUCGCCGAGCGUGUCGUGGAGGACAUCAUAGGAGAGCAGCUAUGAUAUAUGUUGAUUUUAUACCGUGUAUCUAUAUUCUCAAAGGACAUCACAGAACAUGGAUGUAGGUUACGAAGAAGCUUCGCCUCGUGCUCCGACUUUAGGUUCCCAAGCAUUAAU